AUGUCAGAACUUCCAGCGAAACGGCGCAAAACGAGUCCGAGUACCGCUGCUCCAGUCGACGCGACGGCCGCCGGAGAUGUGAGCGCAAAUUCGCAUCUAUUACAGUCGCCGGUCACACACAGACAAUCAUUUCAAUCGCCUACCAGAGCGAGUCUGGCACGGUCUAAUCCUGAAGUGUUGGCGCAUGUUCUCUCUCGGUCUCCAACGCGAAGUCCUCAACGACAACCUGUUUCGCGCAGCAGUCGCGGCAAUCCUGAAAGGCCAUUAGGACUACGUGAUAGAAAAGCUCUACGACCGUCCCUUACCAACGAGAUGUCAUCUCCACCACGACAGACCAUCCAGUCUCCAAGGCGAGGACCUCUUGCUGCCCAGGCUUUUGCAGCGCCGCCUCGCAGGGUAUCAAGAAGACUCGAGACACCAACCCAAGGAGGCGAUAUUGGAAGUGGAGGAGCGCCAACCACACCUUUGAAUAAUUUUAUGCGAGGGAGUGACCCGGAUGAACAAUUGGCGUCUGAAUUGAACAGUGCUACCCGAGAGUUGGAGAAUUCUGGUCUUUUGGCACCAUCCGUAUUGCCUGACGACUCUCUAGAGCCAGAAUUGCCCCCGACUCCGACUCAAUUGGGUAGGAAAAGGAUGCCAGGGAAGGAUUUAUCAGGACCGAGAACUCUCCAUGCCGCGGAGACAACCUUGAGAAGCGAACCAGAGCCCGAAGAGCCAGAUGUGCAGAAGCGAAAGAAUGUUAAAAGGGAGCUUCUGGCACAACUUGAUCAAUUAAAAACGGAUGUUGCUGAGCUAGAAAAAUGGACUGAUCGAGCUAAACGUAGUCUUGAUAAGCCGCAGCCCGAUCCUGAGGCUGUCGCAAGUCUGAUGUCGACGGACCGACAGUCGAACUCACCUAUCCUAGAACACCCCCCCAUUUCUACUCUUAUUUCUUCACUACUUCCCUUUUCGGCCAAAGCCGUACCUGUCCAGGCUCGUCCAACAUCCCCGGAACCGAUAAACACGUUCGCACUUAACAACAUACAUGAUCCUAAGCCAUAUAUAACCGCCUUUGCUUCAUUGUCUUUGGAGCAUUCUCAAAGUCUAUCUCUAUCCACCAGUUCCGAAGGAGCUAUCACCGAAACGCACGAAAUUAUAUUGUCAGCACCUUUCCCCUUUCCUCAGAAUCAAUUUAGGAUACCGCUUGUUUUUACGAUAGAGCUGCAGUCGCAGCGCAUUACAUCGGUGUCUUUGCAAAAGGACCAUCAUGCAUCACAAGCAAAAAUUCCCUCAAGUUUACAAGCUUGGAUUAAAUCACGCAUAUCCAGUCCCAUUUUGGCUCUUGAUAUUUCAGGCCUCUGCGUUGGAAUCAGCCGGUACUGGGAAGCAUCCGUGUGCCGGGCAAAAAUUUGGUCGAGGUUAAAGAAAAGCCAGGAAAUUCUGUUGGCCAAAAAAGGCCAAAGGAAGCUUAGUGACAUUCGUGCGGAGCAGCAUUUAACAGGACCUUUGAAAAAGUCUGAUCUUCGGUCUAUUGUUCCUCAUCUUCAGCGUUCGUCAAUGCUCUUUUCACCCUCUUCAUCAAUUAGCCGCUCUACCUCCAACAGUAGCGGCAGCAGGAGAGAAUCAAAACUCCUCCUGUCCUGCCCACUAAGACUGGACCAAUGGACGAGCGAAGCGCAGCUACAGCCAGAUAUUAGUAUAUCGAUACCCGAUUUGUCUGAGUCAAAACGUAAGCGAGUAGAGUUGGACAUGAAGCGUUUAUUCCACAAUGUUCUGAGGGAGCAAGGCAAACUCAGGAAAGAGUCCUCGACUGGGAUGAAUGAGGAGAGAGAAGCACAAGCUAUUGUGAAUGCAGCGGAAGGUGUCAUGGGUGUGCUUUUCGGGCUUGAUAUACUAUGA